CCGUCGAAAUGGGGGCGAACGUGAGUCGACAUUCGUCCAAAGGCCUGUCGGGCCGCCGAUCCCACUCCAGCGGCAGCAUUUGCAACGGGGGCGGGCUUCCCCCCGAGGGGAAGAUCUGCAGCAGUCUGCCCAGCUACCUGGACGAUGGGGAAGAGGCGGCGUGCGAGGGGGGGCGACAGAAGAAGUCCGGCAUAGACGAGGUGGACCGACUGUCCUCCCUUGGGGACGGCGCCCCCUUCCACUGGAAGUUCUCCGAGGGGGCGGGCCACCCCCUGUGCGACCAGGGCUACGGCUCGGAGCGCUCCCCCGAAGACGAGUUCCCACCCCCCUUGCCUGACCACGACCGCCUCCAUACGUGCCACCGCCACCUGGAGCCGCAUCAGUGCUACCCCUUCAUCACUCCGGAAAGCACGUUCGUGGUGAAACUGAUCAAGGGGCAACGUGGGCUCGGCCUGAGCGUGACGGGGGGCGUUGACGGGGGAGGCCCCUGGCCCGGCCUGGUGCGCGUCAAGCGUCUUUUUCCGCACCAGCCGGCGUCGGCGUGCGGCGUCCUCGCCGUCGGCGAUCUGCUACUGGAGGUCAACGGCGUCGCUCUCACCGGACUCACCAACUACGAAGCUUUGGAAGUGCUGCGAACGGCAUCGAACCAGGUGGACCUGAAAGUUUGCAGACCUCCCCCCGACGUACUGAACUGCGUCAGUCCUAUUUCGGAAGUCCCCCCACCACCACCUAGGCGAGAGCCCCCAAACAGCCUCAACUUGCCGACAAAUGUCUACAAUACGCCAGAAGAUGAAUAUUACCAUGGGGAAUUCGAGAUCACGCUCACCAAGAUCCAAGGCUCUCUCGGCUUCACCCUGCGCAAGGAGGACGACAGCGCCCUGGGGCACUAUGUGCGCGCCCUGGUCCGCGAACCUGCCCUAACCGAUGGGCGGAUCAGGGCGGGCGACAAGAUCAUCGCCGUCAACGACUCAGAAAUCUGCCCGAUGACGCACGAACAAGCGGUGCAGUUCCUGAGGCGGUGUCCUGACGUGGUGAAACUCAGGUUGUACAGGGACGCUGCUCAGACGCCAGUCGCGACGCUAUCGCCGUCUGAGACCACGCCCAGGGGCUCGUUCUCUCGUAAAGCGAAUUUGAGACAAGAAGCAGUCGACAUGCUGAACGACAUAGCCGGACGGAAACUAGUGGACGCGCAUCGCGACGCUUACGACCGAUCGCCGUCCCCCAAUGCGUCUCCCCUAAGACAGCGGCGUCCUACCUGCCCGUCGGACGCCUCCCGGUGCGAGUACGACCAGUACCACGACCAGUACCACGAGCAGUUCCACGAGGCGUUGCUGCAAAAGUGCUCGCAACACCCGUUCGACGAGAGCGCGUUCGACUCGCUGUUUUUGGAGGUAGAUGAGGGGGGAGACAGGCCCCCCCGGCCCGUUUCUUUGGAUUUGUACAACCCCAAUCAGACUCCGGUAGCCUGUCGCAAACCGAGGUUCAACUUCUCCCUAGCACACAACGCUUACGAACUGAAUAACUUAGAUGCGGAAGUACUGGAUGCACCCAAUUUAACUUAUAAUUUGGGUAACGAGGAUACUAGCACCGAACCGGAAGUGCAAGAACCCGUCAGCAUGCCACAUAUCCCCACGAAUAACCCCACGUUUAGCUAUAAAAACCCCGCUUACCAGUCGGCGCACCCCCAAAUAGGGUGCGAACCUCUCGAGCCACCCGUCAGAGUUCCACCCAAGGCAACAGAUGAUGGUACCUUGAAGAGGAGGAAGAGUUCCGUAUCCAGAGAAGAGAAAGACGGCAAGUCAUGUCAACGUUCCAGAAGGAUACCGAUGAAGGAAGAAUACGAGGUUCUUGCCAUAGAAUUGAACCGAGGUUGGAACAGCAGAUUGGGUUUCAGUUUGCAAGGUGCUGCAGGUGUCACUUAUGUCAGUGCUGUUCAUGCUGAUAGUGUUGCUGCGAAAGAUGGCCGUUUGAAGCCAGGAGAUCGACUGAUCAAGGUGAAUGAUGAAAGCAUAGAACAUAUGAGUACUAGCGAAAUCAUCGAGCUACUUCGAAUAGUGAGAGGGCCAGUAUGCAUUGUUAUUUCACGCGUCAAAUCGAAUGAAUAAAGUGUUGUAGGAUGGAAUUGAACAAUUGAAGGAAUUUUUAUCGCCCAUUAAAGUGAUCGCGAUUGAAAAUAAGCGUGCGCCACCUAUCGGAGUGCUUCAAAGCUGUCAAAGCGGCCUGUUUACUUUGCUUCCAUUUGUUUUUUGUUUGUGCUUAUUGGUCAUAUCAUCAAAACAAACCGCUCAGAAGUGUUCAAGUUGUUCCCGUCAGGUGGGGAGACAUAUGUUAUUUUUUAACGCGAAUCACUUGAAUAUGGUGCAGUGAUUUUUGUUUUUUUUUAGAGCCUUGAGAUUCUGAUAUUACUACUCGAAUAUUCUUCAGAAAGCGUACUGAAAGCCCUUCAAAAUCAAUGAAAUGAUUAUUUUCUAAAUAAGAUAUGAAUUUCUUCAUUUGUUCAAGAUGUAAUGCGGAGAAUUGAGAAACGUCAGUACAAUUUUUCAAAUUCUAAGAACGUCUAUCGAACACAAAAUUUUUGUUCUAUUUGACUAUAUUCGUGAUAUUUUGUUGUAUCAAAUUCUAAAAAAAAUUAAUGUCACCUUUAAUAUUCACGGUGAUAACGUAUUCUUCAGAUUAGUUCAUAAUUUCUAGAGUAUCGAAAGUAUAUGAAAUUCAAAUAGGCUUGUUUGACGUGAGAAUUUUCCGAUAACGACGAAAAAGAAAAUAGCAAGGAAACAUCAAUCAAUGCAUCUACCACAUCUAAAAAACCGGUCGGCGAUCUGUGAUUGGUUGAUGCUUGACCGAAUGACAGCUGGGAGUUCUGAUUCCAAAAAUUCCGUGAUAUAUGAAUUGAUCACGUAGUUUAGUUAAACUUGGAUCAGUCGAUUGAAAAAGACAUUUUGCAGCAAAGUGGUUUUGAAACUCUAGAAAUGAUGAUUUGUUUGAAUGAUAUUUUGUCCGAGAGGUAGAUUCAAAUUCAUACACAAGAGAUUUGAAUUGAAGCAUGCUCAAUAUAUUUGGUAGGCGAGAUGUGUUAGUGCUUUUAUAACUUUUUGAGAAUGUUUUAUGACAAUAUUGUGAUAGUUUUGAAAUCGGAAUAUGCAGCAAAUUGAAGGAUGCUGAAGAUAAUUACCAAAGUUUCUAUUAUAUCUGAUGAUUCUCCAAUAUUUUAGCUUUUUAUGGUUCCUAUUAGAAACUACUAGAAUUUCAUUCUAUUUCAUUGUUCCUCAUUUAUAUCUUAUAUUUGCUGUAUAUCUCCUAUCGUGAAACAUUAAUGUUUUUAUGCAUUUUGUGAUUGUUUGUAGUUUAUAAUAAGAAUCUAUUUUGUUGAUACUUAUUUUCUAAAAUUUUUAAAUUUUCUUCUUCGUUCUUAGAAUCCCAAGCUAGUCUCAUCAUAGGGUGAAUUCCAGUCCCAAAAAAUUCAAAGUCGCUUCAUCCUAUUUUAAAAAUAAUUGUACAAAUCUUGUAUUUCGUGCAUAAUAGUUUAUUCAAAAUAUCAUAGCAAAGCUUUUUCGGCUAUUGAGCCAUCAUCAGUGCAUACCUGUAAGUAAGUAAUCAGCACAAGUAUGCACUGAUGAUGGCUCAAUAGCCGAAAGCGCUCUGCUGUGAUAUUAAAUUAUUUAUUUUGCACCAACUACAAGAUUUGUAGAAUUAUUAAUAUAUAUGUGCACACAGCUGAGCAACUCUCACUCAUCCUAUUUUGUCCUAAGAGGAAAAAUUCGUUGCUCAUUGUUGAAAUUUAAAGUUCGUCAGAAUAUUUUAUGUGAUAAACACUGAAAUCAAAAUAAGUUCAAUAUCGAGCUGAAAGACUUUUACUAAUACAAAAUAUUUGAUUUACUGGAACUCAAUCUUAUGAUCAACAUAAAGUAUUUAAUAUGAAGUUUUAUGGACUUAUUAUAUAAGUCUCACGUUUAAAUGCAAGAUAAAUCUAAUUGAUUUGAGUUAGUUAGAAAAAAAAUCUUGGAUUAACGAAUGUGACAUCUUUGUUGAUCGUAGCUUUAUGAAAUUAAGAACAUAUAGAAUCAAUGUGUAUAGUAGAUUCGAUGAAAAACACAGUAUUCUAUUUCAAUAAUUGUAAAAAAAUAUCCAUCAAAACUCACUUACAUUCUAAAGUUUUGCCUCGAAUAGGAAAUGUCUUAUUUUUUGUAAAAAAAUAAAUCAAAGUAUUUAUAAUCAAAUCUACAAACCUAGCAAUAUUCGUGAUUACUUGAAUCAAUCUAAAUAAAAGUUAUAUAAAACUUGUUCCAUUUUUUGAAUUGCAUAUAGUUGUUCUUGUCUGAAAACUUGGAGAAGAUAUUGUACAGUAAGUAGGUUUUCUAGUGAUUACCCAUGUUUUGUUCCGAAAACCAAAGACAGAAAGAAAGAAUAAAUAAUAUCGUUGAACUC